GUCAGUGAGUUCGCGCACUGCAAUCCGAAAGUACCAGUUUCUUGCAGGUACAUACUCCUGAAAUAGGUGGACAGUUUGCAUAGAACUUGACGAUGAAGUCGAAAUAUCUCUGCAUAUUAUUGGUGUUGUCUCUUACGGUCAACGCAGCUUUUUCGCAAAAUGAAAAUGAACUGCCACUUCCACCCGAUCAUUCGGAAUCAGAGGGUUUUAUCGAAGGUAGUGGAGAUGGAGUAGUCGAUGAACCUGCUAUAGACAGUAUUACUGAAUCAUCAUCACCACCCAAACUGGAAAGUAUUGAAGGAUCACGGAUUAUUUUUGAUGAAGAACAUGUUCCAAACACAGAUUCUAAUAAUACUGAGUUACCGUGUCCUAAGCCGUGUGUAUGUAAUACAGAGGGCGAUACAGCUAAUUUUAUUGUAGAUUGUUCAGGAUACGGUCUUACUGAAUUUCCGUCCCCUAUUGAUCCAAGGACAACUACUUUAAAAUUACAUAACAAUAAAUUAACUGAAAUACCAAAAGCAAUAUCAGAAUUAAAAAGUCUAAAAAUUUUGAAUGCAAAUAAUAAUUUAAUCAUGGAGUUGGCACCUGGAUCUAUUAGCGAAUUACCACAGUUAGUGACACUAAAACUAGGAAACAACAGGCUGAUUGAAUAUCCAAAAGACUUGAAGAAUAGUAUAUCUUUGUCUAAAUUAGAGGAGCUGGAUUUAGGAGGAAAUGAUAUCAGGACGAAACUCUCCUCUGAAAAUUUCUCAAAUUUUAAAGCACUUCGAAAGAUUACGCUACCUGCUGGUCCCACUGAAUUGGCGUUAGAUUUAUGUGAUACUUUUAAGGAAACACUAGAAACGGUGUGUACUGAGACUUGUGACAAACCAUUUGAUUGCCCAGAUGCACCAGAUAUAAUUGAAGAUGAUUUAUUUGACGCCACACUGCCUGGUAUGAUUCCUUUGAAUACUUUUGAAGGUAACAAAGAAGUGGUUACAACAACUGAAAAUUCAGUUACAGAAAGCACUUCCACGACAAUAAUACCGUUGAAACCUCUUGAGACGGAUUCUAACUUAAAUAAAAAUAUACCUGCUAAUGAAUUUUCUCUCCGUGCUGCUGUGAAAAACGCUCCUGAAGAAAAGAUUGCAUCAUUAAAUGCCAUUCCUGACUCCACUAAAGAUAGCGUUAGUGCUCCAAGCGUAAAGGUUGGUGCUAAAACAGUUGAUACGAAGCAAAGCGGAGGAGUAGACAAAAGUGUGAUUGGUAUGGUCGUUGCAGGUAUGAUAAUAAUAGUGGCAGGAAUAACUAUUAAAAAGAAUUGGAGUUCUAUUAAGAAACGAUUUAGUUCAACACCUAAUAGACCUAAUGAGAGACCAGGAGGAAAUGCUAAUGGAACUGCACCUGAAGAGGUUCCAUUACAAAAUAAAUCAGACAAAUCACCGGUUUAGAAAACUCUUUUUACAAAUUUUGACUUGUAUUUGAAUGAAGUAUGACGUGAAUGAGUUUGAUCUGAAAGAUAAUGAUGUUUUUAAAGGGUAGCGUUUGGACUAAAGUAUUUGUUGUAAGGUAUUAAAACUAGAACAGACGAUUGUCAGUGGAAAAGUAUAUUUGUUGUUAAUGAUAUUUAAGAAGCACUAAAUUAGAUUAAGUUAUGAUAAGAUAGUCGUAAUGUAAAUAUAUCAACAGUUACGCUCGUCACAGUAUUUUUGUUUUCUACUUAUUGAUGUUAAAAUUUAAAAAUAAAAAAGUGUUAUUUA